AUGUCGAAACAUGCGGACGACCAUCGUAUCGAAUCGAAUCCACUUGUUAUUGAAGAUUCAUUUGAAGGUUAUCCAUUAAAUUAUUUUAACUUACCAUUACACUAUCGUGAUGAUUUGAAAUCAGUUCUGAUUCCAUAUGGACUUGUUCAAGAUCGUAUUGAAGCAUUGGCAAGUCGAAUUUUUUCUGAUUUACAUAUUCAUAUACCAGAGCAACUCAUUUGUAUAUGUGUACUCAAAGGUGGUUAUCGAUUCUUUUCGGAUCUUGUAUCAAAAAUUCAAAAUGAGAAUCGUCUUCGAAAUGAUCGUAGCUUACCAAUGAGUUUAGAAUUUAUCCGUGUACGAAGUUAUGUUAAUGAUCGUUCAUCUGAUCAACUUGAAAUAAUGGGCUUAAGUGAUUUAAAUGUAUUACAUAAUAAACAUGUACUAAUUAUUGAAGAUAUUAUUGAUACAGGAGUUACAAUGGCUGCAUUAAAAACAGAACUUGAAAAAUUUCAACCAAAAACAAUACAUGUUGUUGCAUUAUUUACAAAAAGACGUAGAGAUAAAAAAUGUAUAUUUAAACCAGAUUAUUCAGGUUUUGAAGUACCCGAUCAUUUUAUUGUUGGUUAUGCACUUGAUUAUAAUGAAUAUUUUCGGGAUUUAGAACAUAUAUGUGUUAUGAAAGAAUCAGGUAUUGCCAAGUAUCGACUUACAGGUGGUGAUCAUGUUGAAUAA